AUGCGAUCGCACUGGAUUGGCAAAAAGAGCCAUGUCAAAGUGGAAUACUCUACUGGUGUUAUUCCCUGCCCUCCAGAACGAGCAUCGGAUCCCCAGAUUGCAGUGCACUAUCAGAAUCACAGUUCCACCGAGCAAGUAAAUUUGCAGUAUCCCCCUCCGCAGAACCGCAGACAGUCCUCCUCACCCUUCCUUCUCAACUGCACAUCCCAAUCGCCCUUCAGCUUUGCCUCCCUGGGUGAUGACGACUUUACCAUCCCCCUGCCAGCCGCCCGUCUGACCAUCGCUCCUCAGCUCUCGCGUGUCUAUACCGUACUCCAACCAAACAGCACACUCUGCAUGUACGCAGCCAAGGAAGAUGCGAAACCAAAACAAGAACUUCCCGUCCUGGGUAUGCGUUUGCUCUACCUCGUCCAACUUUUGGGCCCGCACGACAGCGAGACAGCACAGGGCGACAGUAAGCGCUCUUCUUCGACCGCCUUUAUAGGCCCAACUCCAAAUUUGUGUGAUUCGCCCGGCAUUAUUCAGCCUCCU